CUUUACCUGCAGGGAAAGGGAGUUUAGCAUUUGAAACAAGGAAGUGGAUGGCUAGUAGGACUUGAGAUGAAGAGCCACUGAACAUGCAUUUCAGCUUCUCUCAGCUGGCAGUUUAGAGCCAGUACAUAAACAGUCAAACUGAACCAAGAGGAAAGAGAAUAUUUGAGAAGGCUCCCAGCAUCUCAUGAAUGAACUAACGGAACUCGAUAAUGCUGGUUCUCCAGAGCCAGGUCUACGGCUCAGAAAAGGACACAUGUCUGGCACUGCAGCAGCAGAAGCAGCCUUUGAAGAGGACAGGUCCGAGCAGAGGCUGCUUUUAGAGGAGCCACCACUGCCUUCUGACCAGGAAAAUUGUUCUGAAGAUCACAAACACAACGAUGAGUCACCUCAAGAAGAUGAAGGGUUUAUGGGUAUGUCACCUCUUCUACAAGCCCACCAUGCUAUGGAGAGAAUGGAAGAAUUUGUGUGUAAGGUAUGGGAGGGCCGAUGGAGAGUCAUUCCCCAUGAUGUUCUGCCUGACUGGCUAAAGGACAACGACUACCUGUUGCAUGGACACAGACCGCCCAUGCCUUCCUUCCGGGCUUGUUUCAAGAGUAUCUUCAGAAUACAUACAGAAACUGGUAACAUCUGGACGCAUCUUCUAGGAUGUGUGUUCUUCCUUUGUUUGGGAAUUUUUUACAUGUUCCGGCCAAACAUGUCCUUUGUAGCACCCGUGCAGGAGAAGGUGGUUGUUGGAUUGUUCUUUUUGGGAGCCAUACUCUGCCUCUCCUUCUCAUGGCUCUUCCACACAGUUUAUUGCCACUCAGAAGGUGUUUCCCGGCUCUUCUCCAAGCUGGAUUAUUCUGGCAUUGCACUUCUCAUAAUGGGCAGCUUUGUACCAUGGCUGUACUACUCCUUCUAUUGCAACCCUCAGCCUUGCUUCAUCUACUUGAUUGUGAUUUGUGUCCUGGGCAUCGCAGCCAUAAUUGUCUCACAAUGGGACAUGUUUGCAACCCCUGAAUACCGGGGUGUAAGGGCAGGAGUAUUUCUAGGUCUGGGUCUUAGUGGGGUUAUUCCCACCCUGCACUUUGUCAUCUCUGAGGGGCUCCUGAAAGCAGCCACAAUGGGGCAGAUAGGCUGGCUGGCACUCAUGGCAUGCCUGUACAUCACUGGUGCUGCACUAUAUGCUGCCCGCAUCCCGGAGAGAUUCUUCCCUGGCAAGUGUGACAUCUGGUUCCACUCCCAUCAACUGUUUCACGUCUUUGUAGUGGCUGGUGCUUUUGUGCACUUCCAUGGGGUUUCCAAUCUCCAGGAGUUCCGAUUCACAGUCGGAGGAGGCUGCACAGAGGAAGAUGGGAUGCAGUAAAGCCAGCCUUCAGCCCAAGACCGUAACCAAAACAGUACCGCGAGCGCGGUUGAAGCAUACAGGCUAGCAAAAUGAAUACCUAAGAAGAAUCCAAGUUUCAGCUGAUGGGGCAUGGAGCUUCAUGGGGAUUCUGACUAACCAAGAUAAAUUCUAUACCUCAAGCAAUGGAAUAAAUCAAUUUGAAGACCAGGAAAUUCUGAAACCCUAAUUUAUUCUUGGGAUCUACAGAUUGAGCUACAGAGGACCCUUUCCAAAUCGGCUUCUGUCAAUGCCAUAUUUAUUUGUAGAACUGGGGAGGGAUAGCUUAGCAGUUUCCUUUUUCUUUUUUUUUUUCCCCUUUUUUUUCUUUUUUUUUUUUUUUAAGAAAAAAAACAAGGUUAAAUUUAUAUCCUAUUGGAGGGUUUGGGAGUUGAUUUUAGAUGCUCUUUGGGGAGAAAAACAAAUUGUAAAUAAGAUUUCUAACUUUCUGUUUAAAUAAAAUUUAUAUAAAUGUUUUAAACAAUGGGUGGGGGGAAAAGGGUUUUUGUAAAGAAUGCAACAUGCAAGUACCACACACUGUUUCAAUUUUGCACAAAACAAAUGAUUGCAGGAGGACCAGGUAAAAUUCCCAGGAGUGAAGCAUGCCCUGGGCCAGAUGGGGUCCUGGCCAGCCCAUGGAGUAGGUUCAGUAUAUGUACACAAGGAUUGUGAAAGUCACAGUGUUAGCAAGUUUAUUUACUCAAGUAACUCAAGAUACAUCUGUGCCCUGCCUGAGCGUGUGAGACAUCUGCCUUCCAAGCUUGUGUGGCCUGUAUAGUUUUGAAUAGCGGAUCUUAAAGUUGGUUGUUUUGGUUCUCAUCAUAUGAAUUGGAGCAUGAUGGGAUAACUGCACGUGAAAUAGCAAACAGUCUGACUCCAUCAGUGCCUGCCUAUACCCAAGGGCCCACAUUAAGUAGGUGGUUGCCAUUUGAGGGUGUGCUUUGCUUUGUCUGAACAAAUGAUGGUAAUACACUUUUCAAAAGGUUGUUGAGCAUGUGAGGGGAACCAGGGGUGGAGUUAAGAUGGACUGGAAAGAGGAAACUGUGUGCUCCAGGACUUGGAGUUAACAGUUACUGCAGACUCAAGCACAUUACCUUCUCAUGUAUCAGGCUCCAUAUGCCAAGGGAGUUUGCAGGUUUUUCUUUUUAAGGGGAAAAAUCCACCAUCAGCCUAAUGCAGUUCUAUAUAUUUUUUUUUUUUCUUCCUUAGGUCUGCUUCCCAUCUGUGCUUAAGCAAUGGGACUGCUGGUAUUUCUUAACCCAAAACUUAAGAGUUCAGUUGGAUUGCUGUGGAGCUGACGCGCCUCCUAUAUAAGGGGAGGCAUAGACCCUUCUCUUGUGUAAUUGAUGUAGCUUGAUCUUUGGAGCCCAGUCAGAAGCCAGGCUGAAGGAGAAUCUUUGGAGUCGCAAGAUGAAACUUGAACGUUUUGUUUGUUAUGGCACAGGUAUUGCUUGGAGUGUUUAAUUGGAAAUUCAGAGCAAUUACCUCUCACAGAUGAGUUAAACAGCUCAUUAAAUGCUGUAUUUCACAAAGAAGGAAGGUAAAGGGUGUUUUGUUUUUUUUUUGUUGUGUGUUGGGUAGGGUUUUGUGUUUUUUGGGUUUUUUUUUUAUCUUUUUAAGACUCCUGCAAGCUUGAAUUUUCAUCCUUCAAGAGAAAAAUGUGGAUUGCAAAGAUCUUCCUAUGCCUUGGAUGUUGCAGAGAGUGUUUUGGGGAGUUUCUUUGCCUAAUGGAGUUGCAUAGAAGUAGAAUGCCUUCCUAAAGUUGAUGAGUGGUAUUAAGGCUUCACCCCUUGAAUAUGAGCCUCUGAGAGCAAGGUCAGCUGCAGAAAGAGGUGCUGCAGCAGAGUCUGCGAGCUUAGAAAGACAUGUUCUCAGUGGGAUCACUACACUGGAUGCCCGUAGGGCCAGAAGAAGUUUAUCACAGGUCUGUGUGGUAGUAAAGUGAAGUAAAGAGCAGUAUUAACUUGGAUGUAAGGGCUAAUAGCAGUGGCAUUCCGCACAAAGAUGUAGAGUUGCCUGGAGGAAAGUGUAUUGGUGUCUGAGAAGAGCAUGGUACAUAUCAGAAUCAGAGUUGUCUGUAAGGCGCUUUAGGAUACCUCUGUAACAGUACCAGCAGAAGUGGCAGUCUCCAUCCUGGAUCAUCCCACGUUCACUCCUUGAAGGGUGAUUGUAACCUGGUCCUACACAGCACAGAACUAUUACAGAAACACAGUACUCCACCUGCUAUUCUUAACCCAGUCAGUCUCUCCAUUCAAGAAGUUUGUGUGUUCCAAUAAAAACAACCUAGCUGUGCACUUUUCUGUAGCUUUUGCUGAGAACUCUUCCCAGGUUGGCACCUGAAUGCCUUACUCUCAGCAGUCAGAGGCUUGCUUGCUCUGUGUGCAGGUUAUUGCCAUAGAAUAGUUAGGACCUACAGCUUCUUUCCUUCCCCAUUAAAUAGUGGCCUUGUUCAGUAUAUUUCUUUUUAAAAAUUGCUUACUGUUGGAAGCAAUGAAGCACAUUCUGGGGUUUUGAUGGUGGGGGACUCUGGUGAUGGUUCCAUGUACGAUGGGAUCUUAUUACUUGCUGUAUUCUUAACUUCUGCUAAUAAAAGAACCAAAUGGA